AUGCGGACCCACCUGUACUCUACCUUCGUGGAUCCGACGAAAGCCUUCGACACGUUGAAUCACAAAGGACUGUGGAAAAUCAUGCAGAAAUUCGGCUGUCCCGAACGGUCCCCUCAGAUGGUGCGUCAACUCCACGAUGGCGUGACGGCGCGCGUCACGGACAAUGGACCGGUCUCAGAGGCAUUCGCAGUAACCAACGGAAUGAAGCAAAGAUGCGUCCUGGUGCCCACCCUCUUCAGUUUCAUGUUCACUGCCAUGCUGAUGGACGCCUACCAUGACGAACGCCCCGCGAUCCGCAUCACCUACAGGACGGACGGCCACAUUCCCAAUCAACGGCGGAUGCACUUCCAGUCACGCGUAACCACAACCACCGUCUACGAACUUUUCUUCGUCGACGACUGCGCACUCAAUAACACCUUGGAGGGGACAUGCAAAGGUGCAUGGAUUUUUUGUCUGACGCCUGAGAGAACUUCGGCCUGA